CAAAAAUUCCCAUUACAUAGAGAUAGGGCUGGGAGAGGUUAAGAAGACCCUCACACCCAUAAAUAAUGUGAGGGGUCCAGGGUGGAGGGUCGAGACGGAUUUCAGCUCUGCGUGCAUCAAAAGUGCACCAGUAUGAGUGUGCGCAUGCUGAGCUGUCAUUCCCUCCCAUCGUACACGUGGAAUCGUGUUGCUGCGCUGGAGAAGCUCAGGCCGACACGUCAGCUCUCCACCAAUAAAAGGCGGCCAUUUGUUUUUGCUGUCCGAGGGGGAAUCGACAUAGAUAGGAGAGCCUUCUUCAAUCAACAGCUUUGCAGGCAACUGGAAGCAGAAGCGAUUGAAGCAGAGGCAGAAAUUAGCUGUCCAAUUCAUUGUGUACGGGAAGUACAAAGCCAUAGGGAAUUUGAGAAAGUGCUGAACGAUGCUCAGGAACACAAUAAACUGGUGGUCUUGGACUUCUACAAUACAUCUUGUGGCUCAUGCAAAUAUAUUCUUCCACAAUUCAUCAAAUUGUGCAAAAAGGGACUUCCUGGCAUCCCCAAGAUGGUUGAGGGACUUAUAGAAGUCUCCAGGCUGACCCUGGGCAUCCCCCCAACAUCCCCAAUGGGGGGGAUGUCUUCUACUUCUACAAGGCAUCCUGGAAACAUCCCCGCUCUUUGGGGGCAAUGGGAGGAUGUUUCACUUCCAUCUUUGUGUCCCCAGAACAUCCCUGUUUCCAAAAAUCUGCAUUUUCAUGGGGUGCGCAUCACAUGGAACUAAGGAUUAUUCAUAAUACCGUCUCAUUUGUAGAUAAGGGUUUCCUUGUACGAUGUAAUGUACAUGGUUUCUUUUUAUUGUUUGUUUGGUAACUCUUAGAUUAGGGUAUGGGUCCACUUAUAUGCAAAUUUGGGGAAUUUUGGACUGCAUUCUUGCGUUGGGUAUAAGCUUUUGAUCACAUUCUAAACAUUUAAACCUGGUCCUUGAACGUACCCCAUUAAAUUUGGGUUAUGCACAUUGCAUGCGUCUCUUGAUGUUAUGGGCUACCUAUUGCAAUGAGGGGGAUUUGAACUUUUGUUGCACUUAAUUAUUGUUCCCCAUUACCAUUACACCAUAGGCUC